AAUGCCCGUGGUUACCGAUCAGGGUAUUAAAACUAUUCAUUAUUUGAUUCAAGUGUAAUGGGUGAAUGUAUUUAUAUAACAUAAGGACUCAGGAGUUGGGAGACUACAUUUGAAGAAAGAAAAAACCCAUCCCUGCCAGCUGACUAUAAGGGACCUUUAAUGCAGCUGCAGCUCUUCAUUCAGAUGCUGAGUGGAGCAGCGGAUGACCGGAGGAGGGGGACGCUUUCCAGGGAAAACCAGACGACAGCUCUUUUUUGUAAUCGCGUUUUUUAAUUUCCACUUUGAUGCUUACUGAGGGAUUCCCCCCCCCGGUUACUAUUAGUAUUUAGCAGGGGACGUGCUGUCCUGGGUGCAUACUGAGCGGAUUGCGACACUCAAAGCGUCCUGAGUGAUCGGAGCUCAGCAGCAUCUCAUUGUAUGAAAUGCGUCACCGUGAUCCUGUUCUCCCAUUUACACACAUCGGCUCUCCACUCACGGACUGUUCCCCCUACUGACAAUUUCAUCAGGUAACCACAUGCGCGGGCCGGUGUCACCGCGCUGAGCCCGGAGAGCACGAAGGGUACUGGGGUCAGAGAGAUAAGAGUGGCCGGGAAAGGUGGACCGGAUGACGGCCAGAACCUCUGAGGCCUCGGGGCUGCCGGUGCCGCUGCACCGCUGUCACGGGGUUUUCCAGACCAAUAACGGCACCUGCGUGGAGCAGCUCAGCUUUUUUCCACCGUUCUCCUCCACCCUCGCGCUCCUCGUACUGGUGGCCGUGCUCGUGGGGAUCAUCCUCGUUUCCCUGGCAACCUUCCACUUCCACAAGAGGAAGCUUCGGAAGAGGAAGAUCCAGCGCGCGCAGGAGGAAUACGAGCGCGACAGUCGCAACCCUGCACGCGGCGCAGGAGCGAGCGGGGAGUCCGCAAGGCCGUGCGUCAUCGUCCGGCCGGUGAGAUGUGAGGAGGAGAGGCUCUCGUGCCACCAGAGCGCAGAGAGCGAGGACGCCACCGAGGGCGAACAGGUCCUGCACGAGACAGUUCAUAUUGACUGUUAACUUAGUGCAACUUCAGGGAAUGAGACUGUGGAAUAAACAGGAAAAGCAAUAAGGCACAAAGAGCUCCCACACCCAUCUCUGCUGCUUGUAGAUUAGAAACAUUAAUGCAGAAGACCGAGCAGAGUAGUCUGCCUAGAGGUAGUAGCCUACUACAGUGGCACAUAGGAUAGCUCACCUUCCUUAAUACACUAGUAUUUAGCCAACCAGUAAUUCCUUAUGGGACUGUAUAAAGUAUUUGCCUGCUUUGACUUUUGGACCUCCUCCUCUUCCCCAGCCUAAAACGUUGUUUAAACCCUCAAAGAUGUUUAAACUUUAAAUCUUCUGACACGCGGUCGUGUUAAAUUAUUAAGAGUUUGGUGACACAACACAGACCUUAAUGGUUCGCUGAUCUUCCUUGGCAUGUCUCUCUGACACACUACCAGUAUGUAGUUAGACUAUAAUGGAUGUUGUGGUGCUGUUAGGCAGUGCAAUGCUGCAUAUAGGCUGUAGGAAAUGGCUUAUUUGUUUGCGUGGUAUUUUUUCCUUCAAUUAAGUGACUUAGCAUAUUUGCCUAAAGUACUGUCCUCCAAUGUCUGUUAGACAUCUGUAGGUAGCUCUAGUUAGCCUGACAGGAUGCAAGAUCUUUUGCUGUAGUAAUGCACAUAAGGUUUUUUUAAAUGUGUCAGAUAGUAAGUUUUAGUGCUAAUACAGUAUUUUCUUUUUUGAGUAUUUAUAAUGUAUUCUCUGACAUGUAAUAAACUGAGAAUCCAACAGAGGGUUUGAGUUCAAGCCCGUCUUCUUUUUUUUUUAUCCUUCAUAUUGUAUCAUAGUGGGCCUAAUAUAAAUUCUGUGUCAUUUAUUAUAUGAAUUCACUGUAAAUGUAUGCCAUUAUGAGAGCUGGAAUGUUUUACAGUAACAUCAUCUUUCUGGAGUUCAUAUAAUCUGCCUUAUCAAGGGAAAAUAUGUAAUAAGUUUAUAAAUAAAUACUUACGUUAUGUUAAUCCUU